AAACAGAGCCGUCGCCUGAAUGGCAGCUCCGAUUGCAAUGGCGUCUUGAAAUGUAGACUGGCAAUGUUGUACCUGGAAUAAACUUUUGUUCUGUGGAUCCAGGUGAAAUAGCCAUUGGGGAUUUCAUUCAUUCUUGUGGGCUACUCUUCAGACUGCCCAACUUUGGCCGUAAAACGAAGGGUGUGCCAUAGUAGUGCUUUUUCUUCAUUCUCCAACUCACCUGGUGCAAGUGCCUCGAGCUGAACAGGUAUUCGCGGUUGGUGGUGGAUACUACCGAACUUUUUAAUGCCAUUCUACUGUGGAAGCGCAUGAUAUUACACUUUUUGCCAACCAUCCCGGGAACCUACCGCGAUGUGUGCAAUAAAUUCGGAACAUAAACACCGAAAUAUUUCCUAGUCGAAACGAUCUACCUCCUCAAGAUGUAUUCCGAGCUGUGAGAAACGACAACAAACUGUCAUUCGAAGAACUCCUAUCUUCCACGUGCUAUAGAUAAGAAGAAUACUUAUCACUUGUGUAAGUAAUUAGUCAUUUUCAACGAUUUCAUUCAGUGCUACGUGUAUUUGACUUUUUUUGAAAUUUGCGUUGCCUUGAUUGAGCUGUGUUGAUUUUUUUAUCAUCUCGUCAGAGUGAUAUAUAAUUCUAAUCAUGCUCCAUAGAAUUUAUUCGUGCAAGUGUCGUGUUCCUAAAAGAACUAUCUGAAUAUCAAAAAAAGGAUUUCCAGUUGUGUUUCAGUGUUUAAGAAUUUCUACAAUGGAUCGUACUCUGAGUGUGUGAAUUGUGUUUCUUCUAAAACGUGGAGAUGUGACUUGUGCCGGAAUAUAAACUUUCUACAAAUGAUGAUGUGUGAUUUAAUAUAGUUUGCUGAACUAGGAUAUGGGUGCUGGCAUGGUUAAAGGCGGCUCAAUUCUUGAUAGCUUACCACCUAAUCAACCCCUACACGUAGUCAUGAUAGGUUUAGAUUCCGCUGGUAAAACAACAGCUCUGUACCGGCUCAAGUUCGACCAGUAUAUCAACACAGUACCUACCAUUGGAUUUAAUUGUGAAAAAAUCAAAGGUACUACUGGCAAAGCGAAAGGUACUAGCUUCCUGGUAUGGGACGUCGGUGGACAGGAUAAAUUACGGCCUCUUUGGCGGUCUUAUACUAGGUGUACCGAUGGUAUUGUGUUCGUUUUGGACAGUGUUGACCUUGAGCGUAUGGACGAAGCUAGGAUGGAACUUAUGAAAACUGUUCGAUGUCCGGAAAAUUCGGGUGUACCUAUUCUAGUCCUUGCUAAUAAGCAAGAUUUACCUAAUGCCAAAGAUCCACAAGAGGUGGAAAAACUCUUGGGGUUGCACGAGUUAGGACCGAACGUUCUAUGGCACGUGCAGCCUGCUUGUGCGAUCAUAGGCGAGGGACUCGAUGAGGGUAUAGAAGCUUUGUAUGAAAUGAUUUUAAAACGUAAAAGACUAGCGAAAUUAGCGAAGAAAAAAGGAAGGUAGAGUUCUAUUCACUCUUAGGCAUAUUUUUAAAUUGAAAGUGUACAGGAAUCGACUUUAAUAGGUUUAUUUUCAAAGGCCUGUGGUUGCAGCGAUUUUGAUAAGUUUAGGCGAUUUUAUUUGUGCAGUGCUAAGAUUUUAGUCAAUUUGCUACUAUUUGAUGUGCAUCUUUAGCAGAUGCAUGUGGAAUAUUGUAUUGAGAAUGAUCAAAGGUUAAUUUUAAAGAAGUGUUUGCUCAUAGUCUGUAAAAUUUAGUCAUCUCUAUUUUGAUAGUUCAAAAUACUUUUGUGUAAGGAAUGAGAUCAAAGCAUAAUAUUUAUAAUACUUAAUAGUCAGCUUAUAAUUAUUUAAGGAUGUUUGUUUUGUUCUGAAGUGUAAAUAUUUAUUAAAAACAUAUUUUCUUUA